AUGGGCGACGGCGAAGGCAAUACCAAUGUCGAGCACACGGCCAAGUCUGAGCCUGCUGAGGUGGCAGUCGACGUUGAAUCGUCCCAAACUGAUUCAGAUCCUCCAGCUCAGUACCUCACGAGCCUUCGACUGCAUCUCGUUACAGCGGCCAUCACGAGCGAUAUUGGGGGACAAGACAAAGUGUACUGGAUCAUAGCCUCCUAUAUGAUCGGCUACGUUGGGGUGUUGGUGAUUUCUGCAAAAUUCAGCGAUAUCUUUGGUCGCAAAUCAUGUCUCUUGGCUGCAGUGUUGAUCUUCAUCGUGUUCUCGGGGGCGUGCGGCGGCUCCCAGACCAUCGAACAAUUGAUCGUCUUUCGGGCAUUCCAAGGUGUGGGAGGGGCCGGCAAUUAUUCCCUCUGCGCGGCUGUCGUUCUCGAACUCGUGCCUCCAGAGAAAUACGCCUCGUAUACCAGCGGCAUGUCAGUGGUCUGUGCCAUCUCGCUACUGCUAGGACCCAUCUUCGGAGGUGCUAUCUCGGAAUCUGCCUGGCGAUGGGUCUUUCUCCUAAAUGUUCCUCCCGCCGCUCUGGCCGGUCUUGUGCUGAUAUUCACCUUGCCCAACCGCUUCCCUCGACACAACCAACCAAAGAAUGCGACUCAUUUCUCGAUCCGCCAAUCAUUAACCGAUACGUUCCGGAAGGUCGACCUUCUGGGGUCCUGCUUACUGCUGAUCGCGACCGUAUGUCUGGUCGCGCCCUUAGAAGAAGCCAACCGUGAGUUCGCCUGGCGGUCAGCUUUCACUAUCGUUAUGUUGGUGAUCUCCGGUCUAGCAUGGAUCAUCUUUCUCCUGUGGGAGCGACGGGUGACCCAAUCAUCGGGCCCUACGGAGCCCGUGUUCCCCUGGCGGUUUGUGCAGAAUCGCGUGUGGAUGGGAAUGCUACUGAACUCCAUCUGUCUCGGAGGAACCUGGUUCGUAGCCAUUUUCCAACUGCCGCAAAGGUUUCAAUUCGUCAACGGCCUGUCACCCCUGCAGGCGGGCAUUCGAUUUAUUCCCUUCACCGUGGCUGCUCCGGUGGGGUCUGUGCUAGCGCCUGUUGUGGCAAAGAUCUUCAAGAUCCCACUGGUGUAUCUGGUGCUCGUGGCCUCGCUGAUUCAGAUGGUAGCUUAUGCGUUGUUGGGGACUCUCUCCGAGUCCGUACAUAUGGCCGCUGCGCAAUACGGAUAUCAGGUCCUCGCUGGGUUUGGGUGCGGCAUUAACAUCACACUGUUGAUUUUGAUGACACCAUUUACCGUCGAGGAGCGAGAUAAGGCCGUGGCAAUGGGUGCUGUUGCCCAAUUUCGCGUCAUGGGGGGCGCUAUCUGUCUUGCUAUUGUCACUGCCGCGUCGCAGGGGUAUCUACAGUCUCAUCUUUCGAAUUUACUAGACCCCCAGCAGGUACAUGACAUACUGAACUCGACAGAUGCACUGGGUGAAUUCUCAGCAGUCACACAGGAGGCAAUCCGCAAGACCUAUUCAGGGAGGUACAAUCUCCAGAUGAAAAUUUUAAUCGAGCUUGCUGGUGGCCAGGUUUUGUCCACGACGUUGAUGUGGAAGAAAAAGCAGCUUACGGUAUGA